AGAACCAUUAUCGCGAAAGAUAUUUACUAAGAAUAAGUUAUAGGACCGAUAUGAGUUGGGGAUCAGUUCCAGGAACGGCUCCGAGAUUUAAGUUUUGCACUACCCUCCAAAGCCGCUUCUAAUUUUGGCUGAGUCAUUCGAUAGUGAUUCCCGUGGUUUGUCCCAUCACUAGUUCGGUGCCGUCCGAAGCCAUGCUUUUCCUAUGUACUAUCCUUAGUUUAAUCAAAAGAAGGAAAACUAGUUAAAUUUUAAACAAGAUAAAUAGUAGAAAUCUGUAAGUUAAUAAAACACCAAUCGAAUUUCGCGCUUAACAAAUUUGACUAUCCGGACUACUUUGACAGAUCUGCCUGUCGACAAGCGGCAGCGGACGGCUUCGGACUGUUUUGAGCUUGGAUUUUUAUACCUACCUGUCGGAGCCGCUUUUGCUUUUGGUAAAGUCAUUCGAUAGCGAUUUCGGUUAUUUUUUUUUAAUUUUUUUCAUCACUGGUUACUAAGAGAGCUCUGUUCUCACCACUAUCUCUCGCUGAAUGUUUACUUUCAUGUGAUGUGUCAUGGCCUCGUGGUACAGUCGUUAACUCAUACAACAUGACUGUCACUUCGAAGGACACAUGCAUGGAGGAAGGGCAAGAGAUGCUGGCGCAAGUAGCAGAACAAGGCAACUACCACAGCAGCAGCACAGCGGCAACACGAGCUGCAGCAAUGAUGCAGUUUACGAACAAUAAGCCUGCUGGCUGUGAUGGACUGGCGGCCGAGCUCUUCAAGAUGGGACCGGAGAGGCUUACCGUCGAAAUGCUUUAUCUGAUCGUGAAAAUCUGGGAGCAGGAGCAACUACCGGAGGAGUUUAAGCUGGAUGUCAAUCACCCAGUCUACAAAAAGGGUCCCAGAUCCUGUUCUCCAGACUUGCGCCCCUUGUUACAAAUUUUGCUGGCAGCUACCAAGCUGGGGUUGUUGAAGGCAUAUCCACCACCGACCAAAUUUUGCAGUCUACGGCAGAUCCUCCAGAAAGUACCUCUAUCCAGCAUACUAUGGGCUUCACCGACCGACUGAGAUCCACAAGAUUUCGAGCGCGUACGAAAUGUGAGAUAUAUCGCACAUUGAUUCUGGGGGUGUUUGAGCGACGCAUCCUCCGGACCAUCUUUGGCGGUGUGUUUGAGCAUUAGAGUUGGAAGGAGAAGGAUGAACCACGAGCUUGCUGAGCUAUACGGCGAACCGAGCAUCCUGACGGUGGCGAAGGCUGGCAGGAUACGAUGGCUGGUGCAUGUCAUGAGGAUCUCAUGCCCCACCAAGAAGGUGUUCGACAGCGAUCCCCAGUUCGGCAUAAGGCGCAAGGGAGCACAGCGAACUCGAUGGCUGGACCAGGUGAAGUAAGACCUGUUGGAGAUCGGGUGUCUGCAUGGAUGGGAGGCUGCAGCCAGGGACCGAUCAUCCUGGAGAAUGAUUGUUGCCCGGGCCAUACCACAUCGACGUGCUCUAUCGCGUGCAUGCCAACAAGAGAGAGAGGGGAGGAUCAUGCUCCGAAUGGACCGUGCCCCCAUACGUAGGACUGACUAUCAUGCUAUAGUAAUAAAUAAGUCACUAAAACCGAAACCCAUAAGUGGUACAGACAGGCCUUGGCCGACAACGGUUAUUGUGUGAAAGAAGAAGAAUACUAGACUUUAUUUAAAAUAGUGUCAGUUUAUUUUCAAUGAUCGAUGAAAUUCCACAAUUUAUUAAUAUUUAUGAAACAUAUUCCCCAUGCUUUGGUUUAAACCACAAUAGAACACCAUUGGCAGACUUUUCCGUUUUAAUUGCUUCUUAUGAUUUCUAGAUUUCAAAACGCCUGUUUUACAGUUUCUUUUUAUUCAGAAGGAAAGGCUAGAACGUAUUGCUUCACAUUGAAUAUUAGUGUAUACAAUUCUUUUCAAAACUAUAAGAACACCGAGUU